CUAAAAGGAUCUAACAUGUCAUGUGUACAAAUUGAGUCAGAAGAGUCCUUCACACACUUGAGGAUCAAGCUGCUCAAGCUGCUCAAGCUGAAAAUGACCACUGGCGUGGAGCGACUAUUCGACGAACUUGGACACUUUAAAAGGUUUCAGGCAUGUCUCUACUUUGCUGCUAUUUUCCAGGCCAUCUCCUGUGGAAUACAUUACCUGGCCUCGGUUUUCUUAGUUGAAACGCCAAAAUUUCUUUGUGACACUCCAAAUAUUACAGACAUUCUAUAUAGAAAUCACUCAUCAACCUCUCUAGCAGAUAUUUGGACUCACUACAAGCCAGGUGAUAGGCCAGUGGUUGUACGGACAGCUGGAGGAGACCAGUGGGAACUUAGUCCUUGUUUAAAAGCGCUGCGGCUUGAUGUCAUCAAUUUUCAAUACGAGUUUUUUGGGAACAAGACUGUGGAGUCAUGUGGUGGCUUUGUCUAUGAUCACAGCGAGGUUGAGCAGAGCAUCGUAACAGACUGGGACUUGGUGUGUGACAAGGAAUGGCUGGCUAAGCUUUCUCAGCCAACGUUUAUGCUGGGAGUUUUGGUUGGAGCCUUGGUGUUUGGGGAUGUCGCAGACAGAAUUGGUAGACGGCCCAUUCUGAUGGCGACCAGUUUGUGCCAGUUUAUUUUUGGGGUGACUGUGGCCUUCACAGGAAACUACUACCUCUUUGUGGUGAUGCGUUUCCUUCUUGCCAUGGUGUCGAGCGGGUAUCUGGUUGUAGUCUUUGUCUAUGUGACAGAGUUUACAGGAAAUAAGGUGCGCACAUGGACCUCUAUGCAUGUGCACGCUGCCUUUGCUGUGGGCGUCAUGGUAGUGGCUCUGGUAGGGUAUCUUGUUCGUGUCUGGUGGAUCUACCAGAUAAUCCUCACUCUCAGUACCUCUCCAUUCUUGCUCUACUGCUGGAAGUUUCCAGAAACACCCUUCUACCUAAUGGCUAAAGGGCGGUACAAAGAAGCCCAGGAGCUGCUGGACACUAUGGCCUACUUCAAUGGCCUGCCACCCACCCUUAAGGUGUCAGAGCUUAAGGAUGAAUGUGAUGGAGCACUGUUAAAGGAUAAUAAGCAAUCAGGUGGGACCGCAAUGGAAGUCGAGAAGAGGCUAAGCAUCUUGGACAUGUUUGGAAGCUUGAAAAUGGCUGGCCGCAGCGCCACCUGCUGGGCUAUCUGGUUCAUUGGAAGCUUGGGAUACUAUGUCUUCAGCCUGGGGUCUGUCAACCUGGGAGGAAAUCAGUAUAUCAACCUCUUCCUGGCUGGUGCUGUUGAGAUUCCAUCAUACUUGAUUGGCUGCUUUGCAAUGGAUCGUGUCGGCAGGAAGAAUACAUGUGCUCCGGCUCUGCUGCUCGGUGGAGUAGCCUGCAUCCUCAUUAUUGUGGUGCCCCAGGAUAUUGAGGUAUUGGCUAUUGUCCUGAGUAUGACAGGGAAAUUUGCCAUUGCCAUUGCAUUCGGUCUGAUUUACUUGUACACCUGUGAGCUUUACCCCACAACUAUCAGGUCUCUGGCUGUAGGUAGUGGUAGUAUGAUGUGUCGGGUGGGAAGUGUGGUGGCUCCUUUCUGUGUUUACCUCGCUGACAUCUGGAUCUAUCUGCCUCAGCUCAUUGUGGGAAUUCUGGCUUUCAUCAUUGGGAUCCUGACUCUGUUUCUUCCAGAGACUCUAGGACAGCCCCUCACCUCGACUUUGAAAGAAGCUGAAGCUCUGGGCUCCAAGCCCAAAACAAAGAAUCCUCCGGUGGAUGCACUAGAGAUGAACCAAAUAUGAAAGCAUAAAUCCUUUUUUACACAGGAUUCCUGAAAGUGCCUUUACUGACUGACAACAGUACAUACUCCAAUAUGAAUGUGAAUCAAUGAAUCAAAUAAUUUUUUGAUGUGUACUACAGUUUUUUUUGUUUUGUUUUUUUUGUAGGCAUUUGUGGGUAGAUGAGGCUGUGUUGUGCGUGAGUGAGUUUGGAUAAUUACUGAAAACAUUGGUGGUAUAUUUAAUUGUGAAUGUUUUGAUAUUUUGUAAUUGUUAUGAAAAGUAUUAUCUUAAUUUUACCCAAGUAAGAACUUGCAAGCUUGCAACAGCUAAGUAUUACAAAAUGCAGCUCAGGAAGGGUCUAGAGCCUCCAUUUUUGCACUCAGGUCUAAGUCUCAUGGCCCUCUAUCAGAAUCCAGAGUUUCAAGAAGAUCAGAGGAACUUUUUUUUGUUAGAACGUAAAAUUUUAUCCUUUCUAUGACAUUUAUUUUAUAUUUUUUAGCACUUCCAUGUAUUUAGGACAUUUCAAAUUAAGCAAGGUAGGUCUAAAUAUUUUCCCCAGUGCAUAAUCUUGAUUUUUGAUACCAAUUUGGUGGGUAAUUAAACACAUUAUUGCAGAAAUUAUACUUUAAUCUUUCUUUUGCUUAGACAGAAAGCAGCCACUGUAAUACAUCCGAGCAGGACUUUAUUCCAGCUAAAGUGGGCCAGGUAAAAUGGCUUUCUCUCUAGACCUCAAUAUGGCUGAAAUAACAAACGUUAGCAAACGUUUAUUGUUGUAAUUAAGACCCCAUUCUAUAAUUGUUAAUUAUUUGACCUAUAAGCCUUAAUAUGGUAAAAAUUAAGACAUUUUAAGACUUUAAAAACUGCAAGAAAAUCUACAUUCUUUAGCAAAUUUAUUCAUAAAGUUUAAUAAUCAUUGAAAAAUUAUUCACUGACUAUAUAAUUGUCACAUCUUCACUACACUUCCCAGCAUCCUCUUGUCUCCACACCUGAACUCACUCCCUCAAUCAUCCACCUGUUCACCGUCCUGAUCAUCUGUGUCACCUGUCGUCACCUUGUUAGUGUUCAUUUUGUAUCUGUAUUUAAUUCUCUCUGUUUGCUUGUUGGUUCUUGGUUAUGCUUCAUGGAUAGUGUGUGUAAUCUUCUGCCAGUCUUCCUUGUACCUGUUUGGAGUUUUUGAGUAAAUGUUUUGUAUUAAAGCUUUGCAUCAGC